UACCUAUUGUUGCCAGGAGUCGGAGGCAAAUAGUACGUUUUGUCUUCACACCUGGUCACUUGUUUUUUUUAAAUGAACUGCUGUAACUUCCUCAUUCUUCUGAGAGAAGCCUAACCGGACAGACGCAAACGUUAUCCUGCCGCAUCUUGUCUCCUGUUUUACAGAGAUAUUCACGGUCAGAUCAAAUUACUUUUGAGAGGAAGAAGAAGAUGGCUGAGCCUGAUGAUAUCAUGAGAUAUUCAUUGUCAGAUCUAAUGACUGUUGAGUGGAAGAGGAAGAAGAUGGCUGAGCCUGAUGAUAUCAUGAGUGAUUCAUUGUCAGUUCUAAUGACUGAUGAGUGCAAGAGGAAGAAGAUGGCUGAGCCUAAUGAUAGCAUGAGAUAUUCACGGUCAGAUCAAAUGGCUACAACGAUGGAGAACCUGAAGAUGACUGAGCCUAAUGAUAGAAUGAAUGGACAUCUUCACAGCUUUUUCUUCAAAUUCCUUGAUAAAGAAGGCCAGUAUGAAGUGAGCUGUAAAAGCCUUGGCAGUGUGUUACAGGCUCUUGAAACAAGUCGCAAAUUCUGUGAACUAAAGGAAAAUAAUGUAAUGGAGAAGACAAGACAACAAAAGAAGUCAGUGAAAAGACAAGACCUUGUUAUACAAACAGUGAAAGGAAAGAAACCAAUAGCAACACACUUCCCUUGUCAUCUGAUUAAGAAAGGUGAAAAACUCACCAUAUCAACCGUUUCCAACGAUAGUGGAGAGGCCACAACUGAACACACACAGAUUUAUGCAGAAUAUAAGCAUUAUGUCAUUUUUUACAUUGAAUGUAAAGGUGGUAAGAAAACCAAAAUCAAGCAACUGCUCAAAAACAAAAAACUAGAACCUUUUAGCCCUCUUUGCAUCUACGCCGUCUGUGGAGAGACAGUGGAGGCGGCACUAACAAGAGAUGGACGCUUCCAUGACGAUGUGUUCGUUAAAACUUGCAUUCUCUACGAAUCGGAAUCAUAUACAACGACGUAUGUUGAGAUGAAUGUACAAGUUGACUGUCUGGAUAAACGAACCUUCAAAAUUAUCCUGGAAGAGAGAAAAGCCACACAGGCUCCAACUGCCCCUCCACAAGAUGGCUCUAACCUUCAGAACGAAGAUGAGACUAACUCCAUACAACUCCCCAUGUCUAACACAAGCACUGAAACAUCAGCUGCAGGGGAACCCCCCAACAAACAGAAACAUCCAGUCACAGUGCCAGAUUCUGCUGAGAUUUUGAAGAUUCUUCGCCACCAGUUUGCUGAUUUGGUGAAACAGAUGAAGAAGAGGUACAACAAGAAUAAAUAUUCUGGGGUACUGAGUCAUUUAAGGGGGGAAUUUGGAAAGAGCACCGAGGGGUUCUCUGAAGUCUACACAGUAAAGAAGCUGAUGGAACUGAGUGACUCAGUCUGUAUGAUCACUGUCGACGGGGUCGGGCAAGGCACUGGCUUCCUGCUGUUCGAUCAUUACAUUCUGACAAAUGCACAUUUGUUUAUUAAAGAUCAAAUCUUGAAUGUUGAUAGAAAUUACCAGAUCUUAACCAAUGUAACUGCCACAUUCAAAAAAGAAAAUCCCGAUGGUUCAGAUGUGACUGUGAUUCAGGUGAAACCAAAGGUCAUUGACAUUCAAUGGGGACUUGACACCUGCAGUCGAUAUGUGGACUUUGCUGUACUAGAGCUUCAGGACGGUAACACCUCCACCGGUCUUCUCUGUAGAUCUAGCCCAGAUUCAAAGACAGGUAGAGUCUGUCUCAUUGGACACCCAGGUGGAGUAGUGAAACAAAUGGACCGCACCACCAUUAUUGAGAGAGAAAGAAGAGGUGAGGCUUUCCAAAGAGAGACUGGGAAAAAUGACAGAAUAGAUAUGUUGAUCAAAACAUCCAUAGACGAGAAUGAAGAUAAGUAUGACAUGCUCCUGAAAGAAGGCAGCACUGAAGUGACUUAUGACACCUGCUUCUUCCAUGGAGCUUCUGGCUCCCCAGUCUUUGAUGAAUCCUGCCAGGUGAUAGCCAUGCACACUGGAGGGUUUCCCUACAUAUGUGAAGGAGUGAAGAGUGUGAUUGAGUAUGCCAUCCCUCUCUAUACCAUACUGGAGAACUUUCUGAUCAACAUGAAGGACAGAAACAAUGUUGAAAUACUGGCCACGUUCACCAGAGAAGCCUUGACAGGCUUCCAUUUGCGUGAUUUCAUUUACAAUUUUAUCAGAUACCUGGUAACAGAAUGGAAGCCCUCAUUCAGUGCAGCUUUGACAGCAGUCUGGGAAACAGUUGAGGAAAAUGAGAACCGUCUAAUGAAAGAACCUCUUAGAAAAUGGAUCAUUUCAGAAAACGAGGUCCUGGAAAAGAUCCACAGUGUAGGAAAUGAAGCUUUGAAAGAGUUCAUGUUGAAAAACAAACUUAUCAAGUUACAAGACUGAUGAUGAUGAUGAUGAUGAUUGUGAGCCCAUGGAUGAGUAAUAGGAGAUUGUGUUGCAAAUACAUCCAGUAGUUGUAUUGAGAACAACACAACUAUGUCCAUUUAAGGAUAGUCCACCUAAAUGACAAAAUGACACAUUGGUUUCUUUACCUUGUAAUGGACAAGGUAUGACAGCUUGUUUACCUGGCCACUGUUUUCAAAUGCUGAUGUAUGUCUGUAUGUAUGUUGCACUAACCUUAGUGUCUUUCAGGCAUUUCAGGGUAGAUUACCUGAUCUCAGACAAAGGUACAUGUUUUUUCUCUUGAAGACCAGCUUGCCUCACCACCAGCCCUCUAUAUAUCUACAUAACCAGCCCUCUAUAUAUCUACAUAACCAGCCCUCUAUAUAUCUACAUAACCAGCCCUCUAUAUAUCUACAUAACCAGCCCUCUAUAUAUCUACAUAACCAGCCCUCUAUAUAUCUACAUAACCAGCCCUCUAUAUAUCUACAUAACCAGCCCUCUAUAUAUCAACAUAACCAGCCCUCUAUAUAUCAACAUAACCAGCCCUCUAUAUAUCUACAUAACCAGCCCUCUAUAUAUCUACAUAACCAGCCCUCUAUAUAUCUACAUAACCAGCCCUCUAUAUAUCUACAUAACCAGCCCUCUAUAUAUCUACAUAACCAGCCCUCUAUAUAUCUACAUAACCAGCCCUCUAUAUAUCUACAUAACCAGCCCUCUAUAUAUCUACAUAACCAGCCCUCUAUAUAUCUACAUAACCAGCCCUCUAUAUAUCUACAUAACCAGCCCAUACAGUCGUGUGGAACUCCGUACAACGUUUGUUAUUCUAUCAUUUGGGCUCCCGAGUGGCACAGCGGUCUAAGACACUGUAUCUCAGGGCUCGAGAUGUCACUUCAGUACCUGGUUUGAAUCCAGGCUGCAUGACAAUUGGCCCAGCGUCGGGGUAGCCUGUCGUUUUAAAUACGAUUUUGUUCUUAACUGAUUUGCCUAGUUAAAUAAAGGUUUUUAAAAACGGCCCUGUGACUUAACUCUACCCACAGUGGCAGUCGGAUGUCGGGGCCUGGUUGCAAGGUGGACACACAACACACGUAACACACAACACACGUAACACACAACACAAUUAACACACAACACACGUAACACACAACACACAACACACGUAACACACAACACACGUAACACACAACACACGUAACACACACAACACAAGUAACACACACAACACACGUAACACACAACACACAACACACGUAACACACAACACACGUAACACACACAACACAAGUAACACACACAACACACGUAACACACAACACACGUAACACACACAACACACGUAACACACACGUAACACACGUAACACACACAACACACGUAACACACAACACACGUAACACACGUAACACACACAACACACGUAACACACGUAACACACA